UCUCCAAAAAAAAAAAAGGGUUGGAAUGGGAUUUGUAGUGAUAGGAUAUCCUUUAUCCAUAGGUCCAACCCAGUAUUGGAAUUUUGUUUCUGGGUAUUGGUCUGUACUCGCGAUCCAUCUCUCCGGCUGAAGUUUGACGUUUUCCGUCUCUUUGGUUGAUCGGAGGUGCGUCUCCUUCUCCAAAUGGUUAUAGAGAGCUCUGCAAAUUAAUUGAUAGGUUAAGUUGAACAUAUUGUGAUGGUGGUGGCCAAAUUGUUGUUAACAAAAUGAACUUUGGGUUUCUUGGUAAUCUCCUUUGGUUUAGAGCCCACCAAUCAAACAGUCAUCUCAAACCAACUAGUAGUGUCUUUGUUGAACAACCUGAGCGAGCCCACCAAUCAAACAGUCAUCUCAAAUCAACUAGUAGUGUCUUUGUUGAACAACCUGAGCACAAGGCUGGUUUUGAUCUCAAGUUGUUGGUUUCCUUUUUCCCAUGGGUGGCGGUUGAUUCUAAACAUAAGAGUCGAACCCCAUCCACUAUCAAUCGCCAGUUGCGAAGGCGUGCGCAACCUCACGCCAAGGUUGCUCCUAAUAACUUUUUGCGCUUCAGGCCCUAUGUUUCGAGGGUUCCAUGGCACACUGGUGCAAGAGGUUUUCUUUCUCAGCUGUUUCCCAGAUAUGGGCAUUAUUGUGGGCCUAAUUUUUCGAGUGGCAAGGAUGGUGGAUCUCUUGUUUGGGACAAGCGGCCGAUUGAUUGGUUGGAUUUCUGCUGCUACUGCCAUGACAUUGGAUAUGACACUCAUGAUCAGGCUGAGCUGCUCAAGGCUGAUUUAGCAUUUCUUGAGUGCCUUGAGAAGCCUAAUAUGAGUACUAAAGGAGAUGCUGGUGUCGCGCUCCUUUAUAAGACAAUGUGCACCACAGGUCUCAGGAAUUUCCUUAUACCAUAUAGAACUCACCUUGUGAAGCUGACAUCAGGACAACCUUUGAUUCAAUUUGGAUGGCUAAGCAAUGUUAGAUGGAGAGGUUGGAGUUUUCAGAAAACUUGAGAUGGAUCAUGAGGUUAGAGAAUUGGUAACUAACAAUACUCAGCUAUUGCCCAUUGCGACGGAUGGUUUCUUUUCUAGUAUUUUAUCUAUCCAAGUUUUUCUUUGCCAGAGGGAAACUAAUGAUAUUGGGUCUUAUUGGGCCUUUAUCACUAAUGGAUGCAAUGUUCUUGACCUUGUUUAAAACUUUGGGAGGUGCCUGAAUCAUGCAUUAGCAUUCUUGUAUUGUGUGCUGUGCCUCAAGUCUACCGGUUAGCUGGUUUCAUAGUAUCUGUAAAUAAUGGACAAGAUUUUCUUCUUCUAUUUUUUAUGCAAUGUUCAUGAAGUUUCAUUGUAGUCUA